UGAAAGUCAACAGAAAUAUAAAUAGUAAAGUACAGAUAUCCAAAAAAACUACUUAAGUACAGUAACGCAGUAUUUCUACUUAGUUACUGUACACCACUGGUUCUACAGUACCGAUAGCAGAAGCGUUAACUCCGGACCUCGAUACUAAUAUUUACUACGGUCUCAUCUUCCCGUUUAGAACCGGGUAUCGAGGGGCAUCCCUACUUACUGGUCAUCCUCCUUAUUACUACUCUUGCCUGCUGUUCCUUCCUCUCUUCCUUCAUCCUUUCUCCUCCCAUCCUCCUGCUUCCACAGGAGCACCAUGGCAAUGUGGAUCCAGGCCCAGCAGCUGCAGGGUGAGGCCUUGCACCAGAUGCAGGCGCUAUAUGGCCAGCACUUCCCCAUCGAGGUGCGACACUACCUGGCCCAGUGGAUUGAAUGCCAGCUCUGGGAUUCGGUGGAGUUGGACAACCCAGCGGAGGAAGCUAAAGCCAAGCGUCUGCUGGAAAACCUGGUGGCCGAGCUGCAGAAGAAAGCCCAGCUCCAAGGAGGAGAGGAUGGCUUCCUGCUCAAGAUCAAGCUGGGCCACUACGCCAACCAGCUCAAGAGCACUUAUGACCGCUGUCCUUUGGAGCUGGUGCGCUGCAUUAAACACAUCCUGCACUCAGAGCAACGGCUGGUUCAAGAAGCUACAAAUGCCAGCUGUGGGAGUGGGGUGCAGGCUAUGGACAGCCUGUCACAGCGCCACCAGCAGAUCAACCAGUCCUUUGAAGAGCUCCGCCUGGCCACACAGGAGACGGAGAAUGAACUGAGAAAGCUGCAGCACAGCCAGGAGUACUUCAUUAUCCAGUACCAGGAGAACCUGCGCAUCCAGGCCCAGCUGAGCAGCCUGUCGUCACUGCCUCAAGCUGAGCGCACCCAGCGGGAGACAACCCUACAGAGUAAGAGGACCACUGUGGAGGCCUGGCUCACCAGAGAGGCCAGCACAUUACAGAAAUACAGGCUUGUAUGAAGACACCACACACACACACACACACACACACACACACAAACGCGCGCACACACACACACUGCCAUAACACAGGCUGGCAAGUGAAUACAACAUAGACACACACUGUAUACACACAAAUGACUAGGGGAGGGAAAGGUAUCGACGAGGCUCCUGCCAAUACAAUAAAAGAAGUCUUUGAACAAUCUUAAUGUCAAAUAGCCUACAGGACCGGAGAUAUAAUGACCCUACUUCUCAUUUUCUGAUUCAUUUUAUCCCUCGUGGAGUCUUCUUGUAAACCAACUUACCAUUUAAACUCAGUGUAACUCACCAAAAGCAAUGUGUGUAUCAUUGAUGUCUCACAAAUGUUGGAUUAAGUUCCUUCCUCAUAAAACAUUUGCAAAGCCCAAACGGUUUGUUUGUUGGGGAAGUAAACGCAUUGUUUACUUCCCCAUUUACUGGCUUGCAGUCUUCUUCACUGCCUUUGUUGCUGCAUUGCUUUGUUUCUCGGCCCCUCACUGCCACCUGUGGAUCAGUGGAAAAGUGUGAAAUGAUUGGCAGGAUUGCGAAUGGCGUUGCCCGAGUGCUUGCAUGUGAGUCCUAGUGAGUGUGCUCGAGAACAAAAAAAUACAGGGAGCCACUCGGAAAAGUGUUGAAAAUGCUAUCGGUGGUCAUCAAGUCUACAGGGCACCUUUAAAUGAUCUGCUAUCGCUGCCACUCGGCUUCUACUUCAUUCAGUCCUUUCAGUCUUAUUCUAAUAUGUUUUUAUCUUAGAUAAAAACAUUACACUCAUGACCUUGUGCACAUAAUAUGUUUGGAGAACAAAUAUACUCAUUCGGCAUGUUGCGGUUAAUUCAGCAGACGUUGGCACUUAUGAAUAAGGUGAAAAAAGAUUUACUCUAAGCGGACUCUGGCCCUUGCAGUCCAAGGCUGGAGCAGAUGUUGUCAGUUUGUGCUGCACGAGGAGGAUUCAGGCUGCCCAAGCAAACGCAUAUUAAACCAUCUGUUUGAGGCAAAUCCAGUUAGGUUACCGAACUCUGUACUUGUAAGGGUACCGACUGAGUUACGUUGUUGCUACCUAGCACCUAUUCACGUUAAAUCAAUUGAUGCCAAAUUUGAGAGAGAGAGAGAGAGAGAGA